GUAAAUAACUCGGUUAUCAAUACCUGGUCCCGCGAACAUGUCGACCCUAUAGAACGAUUUUGAAAUCUCUGUCGCACAGAGGAUGAUCACAUUCAGAGGGGCUUGGGAGGGAGAGAAAUAGCAUCAACAGACCACGAAGACUGUCUGUAAUGGACAACCUCUUAGGCAUUCUUAAGGUCCGCAUCAAACGAGGUGUCAACCUCGCCGUCCGCGAUGUCCGCACCAGCGAUCCUUACGUUGUUGUCAAGAUGGGCAAACAGAAGGUGAAAACCCGUGUUAUAGAAAAGGAUGUCAAUCCCGUAUGGAAUGAAGAUCUUACACUUUCUGUUUCAGAUCCUAACCUUCCCAUUAAGCUGACAGUGUACGAUCAUGACACAUUCAGCAAGGAUGACAAAAUGGGAGAUGCAGAAUUUGACAUUAAACCAUUUUUGGAGGCACUGAAGAUGCGCUUAGAUGGAUUCCCCAGUGGCACUGUGAUCACACGAGUACAACCAUGCAGAGCAAACUGCCUGGCCGAGGAGUCGUGCGUAGUCUGGAAAGAUGGUACAGUCUCACAAGAUAUGUGCCUCAGAUUGAGAAAUGUGGAAUGUGGCGAGGUAGAACUCCAAUUUCAGUGGAUUCAACUUCCUCGCAACAAGCCUUGAUAUGUUGCUGGCCUAAGCAAGAUUAAAUGGACCACCUGUGUAUGAUUUUCCAUGCCAAGGGGCUGUAUCUCAACGCGCGUAUAUAAUAUAUAAAACUAUAUAAGUGCCUUGAACUUCUGGGGGUUCUAUUAAUUUCAUUUUGUCUUUGAGUUUACAUUUGUACUAUACUACUAUGUAAUACUCAUGGGGGCUGCACUAGUCUGACCUCACGUGUUCUUGAUGUUUUGUAAUCAUAAUAAAGAUUCUAUUUUUGCAAAGCAGUGGAUUAUACUAUCUUAUUAUGCUUGUUGUUUCUGUUGCAC